AUGCCAAAUUUUGCCAUCAGUGCGGGAAGGAAAUUACCGAUCACCAAGACACUAGUGGAACUCCCUCUGGCUCUGGCACUUAGUGCUGAAAACACAAAUAGAGGCAAAGGCUUAACAUCGUUCCAGUCCUUUCAUGCACAUAAAGAAGGAGAGCAGUCAAAGUUUUUUAAAACAUGUGGCACAAAAGCAAAGAAGUCAAAACUUGAAGACAAGCAACCCGAGGAAGUGAAGAUAAACAUUGGCGUGAUGAUAUUGAAAGAUGGGAAACUUUCAAUAAAAAGAGGUGCAACUCUUCCGCUGACUGUUGCUCCCUCAAUUGGAUCCGAAGAACUGUUGACAAAAGCAGUAGAGAAGCACACCAGAUUCAACCAAAACUUGGUUGAUCGUGCGAGAAUCUACCGACUUUUAUAUGCAGAUUAUGAAGAAGUGACAACAAUUCCUGGCACAGAAGAUCCGUUUACGUUGAAGAAAUACAAAGAGGAGAUCGACAAACCAUACACCAGAAUAACGUUUUUUCUAUGCUCUUCAGAGGAUCAUUUUGAAAGCCGAUUCGGUGGUGAUGACGAAUCUUCCGAUGGAGAACUUUAUAGAUCUAGCAUGUACACUACCCCGCAAAAUUUAAACCGGAGUAGAAAAGAGGGUAGCCAGUCUGUUCAAAAUGUCAGUGUUAUUGAUGUCUAUGAAGAAUGUGCACAAAAUACUUCUGUUGUUUCCUCGGAAGCUGCUGGGUCAAGUAAUUGCUCGGGUUCAGAUGAGCGAAAACCACAGCAUACACAAUGCCCAAUAUGCCUAGAAAGUUACCCCGUUAUGUGAAAUUGAAACACAUGCUAGCAGCUGCAGGAUGUGGAUGUUGGAAGAAGAGAGGACUUUUCCUAUGAUUCAUCAGAACCAAAUGACGAGUUGAGAGUAGAAAGAGAAAUUCCACCUUCGGUAACACCCAAACAGGUGCUCAUGGAAGAAGUUUCACAUGUUGCUGAAGCAGUGUUGAGUGAUGAAACUAAACGAUUGACAGUCAGAAGGAAAUUUUUGUGGCAAGAUUUCUGGUACCGCAACUCGACAUUGGUGUACUCAUUAAUUUGUGGGCUUCAAAAGUAG